AUGGAUUCCAACAAUAACUCUUUUAACACCCAAAGUUCUACUAAAAGAGCCCACGAGAAUGAUGCAAGUGAUUCCAACUCCGUAGGAUCUAGUGCUCGCCCAAUGAGGAGGGAUGUAGCUAAAAAAAAGGGUAAAAAGAAAAGCAAGGGUGCAGCCUUGGAAUCGGUCAAUGAAGAGUGGAAUGAAUUCAAACAAUAUAAGGAGAAAGAGUUGGAACUAUUGAACCAAAUAGCCAUGAGGCAAGAGGAGGCUAACCAGUUGUUGAAAGAAAGUACCGAGGUUAAGAAGAUGAAGAUGUUUAUGAAGCUGAGUUCAAGGGAGCAUCUAGAUGUCCGGAGCAAAGAGCUGUUGGAAAAGUUGGGCUGCGAUCUGUUUGGAAAUUAA